AUGAGUUCAAGUGAACUCGGCAUUGCAUUAGAUUCACAACCAAAUUGGAAAGAAGUAAAGGUAUUGAUAUCGUUGCUGAAAGUUUUCCAACAACAUGCCACACAUAUCCACAUGGACAGCCCUGUUGUUGAGCUACUUGUGAAGGAGGUGAACACGAAGAAAAUCAACGCUUUGCUGUUGUUCUUCAGUCAAAAUCGAAAAUGCGAAAUGGACCUCACAUGUGGAGAGACAGCAAUCGCACCUAUGAUGAAAAGUCAGUUACCAAUCGGUCCAAUGUUCCCGUCACUGAAGCAAUUUACAGUAACCAGUAAUCCCCAACAGCUCGUUCAUCUGUCACGGCUUGUUCACUAUGCUGUCGCUGUCGAUAUGAUCUAUCAAAAGAAAGAAAUCGAUCUUGUCUGUUUACAAGUGGUAUUGGGUGAGAGCUGGUGUCGAUCAAAGCAGCGUCUAUUUCGACAUGUGAAUUCCUUUAAGCAGUGGUCAGAUGCAAGCUCAUUAGGAGUACGAUAUCUCCAGCAAUUUCAUGGAACAGAAAAACGACGUGGUAAAGCUAAAUGCUGA